AUGAAGUGCAGAAGGGGUGUCCCAUCUGAAAUUAUUAGUUGGAGAAGAGCCAUUUUGAAUGAUAUACCUGCAAUAGAAUUUUUAAAAAGCGAUACUGGAGACAUUGCCAAUGCUUUAUACCGUCAAAGAAAUAUCAAUAAACUAAUAGAAAAUAGUUUUUAUCCUAUAGUUCAAUGCGAUCCUAAUGGUCAAUUGAUAUCAUUUACUGUUUGUGAUACUUUUCCUAAUAUACCAUCAGUACCUUCUUUUUUUUGGACGGAUUGGUUACAUUCAACUUAUAGGAUGGUUGGAGCAAAUCCCAGAAACACAUUUUUUAUUCAUUACAUGCUAUGGCUGUCAAAUCAUUCUGAAAACUUUUUAUAUGUUCUUUUGACAACGAUAUUUAAAGAAUUUUUAUUCUUAGAGCAUGUUUUUAUUGUAAAACCCCCGAACGUAGAAUUUCCGGAUCUGUACAAUGGAUAUUUUAUUCCAGUGUUACCAUUUGGUUUAGAAAAAGUUGAUUACAAUUCUGUUCAAACACUUUUUGUGUGCCUUAGAACUAGUCUAUUACGUUCUCUACCAAUUCGAAUUGCUUUCAAAGAAGAAUUUAAUACUAUUUCUUUAUUUCUUCAACACGACAUUAACAUAUUACAUACUAAAAGUAAAUCUUUGAUGAAUUUCGAAUUUAUCUUCGGGAAAGAAAAGAAAAUUUUAAUUUGUGAAUCUGAAGGCAAAAUUGUGGGUGUUAUGGUUUUAAAUCUGGAAGUAAAUUUAGAUUUUUUCAAUGAAUAUUUUGAAUUGGCACCGUAUAGAGCCGCUUUUAGAUCAAUUCCUGAUAGAGAUUAUUGUAUUCUUAAUAUUUCUACUGAUUUUUUACCAUUUUCUUUAUUGAAAUUAUUCACGAGAGUAACUCCUAAAAUUUUAUCAAAUAUUAAGCAAGAACUUUAUUUAUGCCAUAGAAAUUCCCUUUCUGUGAAUUCCAUGAUCGUACGGGAAGCAAACGUAAAUGAUCUAAGUUCAAUUGUUAAUUUUUUAAAAAAUGCCUACGAAUUUAACAAAAUUUACCAAGAUAUCAAUAGAAGUUUGGUUUUAUCAAAUGAAUUUCAAUGUUUUUUAUUAAUGGUUGGUUCUAAAAUUGAAGGAGUUUCAUUAAUUGACUCUGAAGGGUCUGAAGAGUAUUUUCAUUUGUACUUUGACCUUCAAAAUUUUACAUCGUUCAAGUUUCGUGAAAAUAAAAAUAAUUUUAUUAUAAAGCACUUCAUACUUAAUCCGGCGUAUCAAAUUCAUUCUCAAUUUUUUAUUCGUGAUAUAAUGAGAAUAUUGGAUACUUCUUGUUUAUUUUAUUUGUACAGCGAAUUAAGCCAGACUCAAAACAAUACGAUAACGGUUUUGGAAAACCUAACUCCAGUCAAGCCCAAAAAAAAGCAUUUAUUAAUAUUCGAAGAAAAAUAUCGUUCUCGUCCUUUUAGUCUCCAUUUUACUAAUUUAGGAUUGUGCGGAUUUACUAAAUUUCAUUUGAAUAUUGUUAUUGUCGUGGUUGGAGCUUCUCGAACUGCAUUAUCAUUUUUACAAAAUUUAAUUUUUGGGUCUUCAAGUUCUUACAUUAUCUACAACAAUUUAAUUUGUGUAACUCCACACGGUUAUGAUUUUAUUGAUGGCACCGAGGAAGAUGUUAAAAGUCUUUUGUUUCCAAUCAGGGAUAACACUGGUAAAAAACAUGAAUCUAUGCUUUCAUUACAAAUAUAUGUCAACUUCAUUUACGGUCUCAUGACUAAAAUAAAUCGAUCGGAAAAGUAUAUAGUUGUUAAUAAUGAAGUUACCGUUAAGUAUGAUUAUUUAAUUUUAACAUGCGGUCUUCAAUAUUCACCACCCAUGCCACAAGCGAUGGAAUCAUCUAAAGAUCAAUGUCGUAAAUUUCAUAAAAGUUCUUUAGCCCGAUUUUUAUUUCGAGUAGAACCUAAAAUAAAAAAUGAACCAAAAAGUCCUUUGAACCUUUUCAUAAUAAAUAGUGUUACCGAUGCCAAAACCUCUCUUCAUUCUUUAAAAUCAUUAAUGGAACAACUUAAUACAAACGUAGAACAAAAAAUUGUUGUUUACGGACAUAACUUGCAUGUUUUCCUACUUAUAAAUGCUUUAAUUAAACUUGGCGUACCUGGAGAAAUUAUUGUUUUUGUUGAACCAUUUCCGCCAAAGGAAUCGAAAGUAACAGUUUUCAAUGAUAGUAAUGUAGAUGAAAAAGUUUUAGAUUCGGUUAAAAAAUUAAAAGUACAUUAUUAUCAAAAAUAUUUUUUACACGAUUGGUCCAUUUCGUCAGAAUAUAUAACUUCAAUUACUUUUCGAUCGAAUUAUAAAGAAAAGAAAAUCAAAAUGAAAAUUUUUAUUCGAUUAAAACCUUGCUCAGAGGCUGGACUCGUGUAUGAUGGCAGGCUUAUAAUAAAUAAUAGAUUUAAAACUAACGACGAUUAUAUUUAUGCGGCUGGACCAUUCACAAAAUAUUCACGACGAUAUUAUGCCUACCAACAAGAUCAUCUUCAUUAUAAUUCUUCGGAAAUUGGCGAAAAGGGAGAGGUUUUAAUAACAGGAUUACCUAAAAUGGAAAAUGGAUAUUUUCGUUUACAUCUUGAUCCUCAAGGUUUUGUCGUAUCACUUACGUGCUUAAGUAAAAAUGAAAUCGACUACGUUAAUUUAAGUUCGGUAUUGGGAUUACACGAAAAACUUUUAAAUAAUUUAUUGCUUCGAUACGAUUUGGGUCUUAUACCGGAUUUAUUUGAAUAUUUUCGUGAACCCUGGACUCAAGCUAUUUUUCACGAAAAAUUUCCUCUCCUCAGUCAACAAAAUCACAAAGCUUUUGAUAAAAACAUAAAUGAAUCCGUGGAGGUUAAUUUUGUUGAAAGCAUAAUUCAAAAGCUAAUACGGAAUCGUUGGCAGGCACUUCCAGAAUCAUUGAAACGUAAAAUUGAAUCAGAGUUUAUUGAUUCUUCAAUUGAAAAAGAAAUUAAAGACAAUCUAUUAGGAUUUUUAGAAUUUUACAAGGGAGAUUUUUCCAAAUAUGCAAUUCCAAGCACUUUAAGUAAAUUACUUUACGAUUAA